UAAGGACUGUGGAUGAGGAUUAUAAACCAGUCUAUCAUUGCAAAGAUAAUAUGGCUUUGUAUGUUUUGUGUUUUAAGUUUAGCCAUUUUGUUUGGACAUCUGUGAUAAGGUGAUAUUUAUUACACGUUGAAUUUUCUAUUGCAGAAAUUAUAAUUGUAGUGAAAAUGAUCCAGUGCAAAGAACAAAAAGAAACAAUUUUGUUUUGAAUGCAGCAUUUUGAAUGCACAUCCAUGGUGUGUGAGAGGCAAAAUAAAACAAACAUUACUGCCAUAUUAAUGCUUUUCAUAAAUAAUUUCAAUAUUGUGCAUGAUCUGUGAUGCAAUACGCUCUGGAUCCUCGUCAGAAUGGCAUACGUGUUCUGGAUACCUCUGAAGCUAAGAAACGUUCAUCUGAAGUAAAUAAUUCUUGGAACAUUCUGGAGGACAGAGAGCAGACACAGUGUCAAUGCCAGUUAGCUUUCCCAGCAGUUCUUCUCUACUGGACAGGAAAAUGGUGGAGCAGGAGAAAAACUCCAUCCGCCACAAUUUGUCCCUGCACACGCGUUUCAUCCGUGUGCAGAAUGAGGGAACUGGAAAGAGUUCGUGGUGGAUGUUGAAUCCUGAUGGAGGGAAGCCGGGGAAAGCUCCCCGCCGUAGAGCUGUCUCAAUGGACAAUGGCACAAAGCACGUGAAGAGCAAAGGGCGAGUGAACCGUAAGAAAAUGGCUGUGAAAGCAGAGCAGAGUACAGAGUCAUUGUUGGGGUUCUGUAGCUCUCCAGAGCAUUGCAGUCCCACUAGGAAGUCUGGAAAAGGUGGUGUGGUGGUUAGGGAGGAGUUUGAGACCUGGACAGAUCUCCAUUCACUUGGCAGCUCUUCAGCUUCAACUCUUAGUGGUCGUCUAUCACCUAUACUAGCCGAGGGGGAAUUGGGGGAACCUGAAGUGGAGAGGAUUUCCUGUUCGGCAUCUCCACACCUGUACCCCAGUCCCUCCAGUGCCCACUCACCUGCUUCCCACUGUCCUGCAGAUCUCAGAGCAACAAUUAACUACCAGCAGCACCAAUCCCCAUGUCAUAAACAGCCUUCUUACCAAUACUCCAGUGACAUGAAGGGGCAGGACUCCAGCUGCGAGACAGUUUAUGCCCAGCCAGAUGUCGGCAUGCUUCAGCACCACUCCUCCAUGCAGACUAUUGAGGAGAACUCCAGUAAUAUGCAGGCCUACAAGGGCACAAGCACUCUCCAGAGUUUGCUGACCAUAGGAGGACCCCAGUUCCGUGUCAAGGACAUGAUACUUGGAAAAGACAAUGUGGUCCACUCAAUGAUGCUUGCUCAAGGAUCCAGAGAUCUGCAUCACAGUGAGAAUAAUGACCCUACCACUAACCCUUCCUCCAAACCAAUUCACGGCCACAACAUUAUUCUGAACUUGAGCCAGGACCAUCAGCCUGCAUUGGUCCACUCUCAGUCCAGUGAUGGACACAUGCAAUCGUACAUACAUAAAGCCCCUUAUCUAUAUAGUCCCCCAGUCAAUGCACAUCUUCCAGCAUCCACCAUGCUACCCCCAAACCCUGCAGGCAUGCAGGGAAUCUCACAGGACACCUGCCACCUUGCUACAGCUCCAUACCCACAACACCAUCCUUACAUUUACACAGAUCCACAUCAGCAGAGUAUGGCAUAUGGACUGUACCGCCAACCUCAGGGGACGGGGACAGGUUACCACAACUUCCACCACCCUCACCAGCUCUACACACAUGAGCGGUUGCCAGCAGACCUGGAUAUGGAUGUAUUCUACAGCAGCCUGGACUGUGACAUGGAGUCUAUACUCUUACAUGACAUUAUGGACUCGGGAGAAGAGAUCGACUUCAAUUUUGAUUCCUCACUGACACAAGGAAUGGGCAUGGGUUUUGGGUUUACGAGCACACAGCAGAGCCACAGCAAACAGAGCUGGGUGCCUGGAUAAAUGCCACAGAAUCAUCAAAGAAUUUUUUUUUAUCGAGACAUAACUACCUACAUGCCAGCCAGCAGUGGGGUCCCAACACUCCACCACAAUUCAGGGUGAAUACACUGUGCUGACACUGAAAUCAAAUGAAGAUAGAAAUCUCUCUUUUGAAAACCAACUUUGAAUUUAUGUUGUCUGUUUCUUACUGCUUGUAUGUCCAUGUUCUGUGUUGUGUGUCCAUGUAUUGAAAACUGCUCUGUUCCCUUUUGUUCCAUUUGCUGUGAGUGAAACUCCUUUAGUUUUGCUGACUGAACCAUGAUGACAAUCUAAGCUAUGUUAUCCAACAUUGUUUUGUUCUUCAGUCAAAGUUAUCUUGUGCAAUUUAACUAACAAUUCCAUCUUUAUAAUUUUGCCCUCAGAAAGGAGAAAUGCUUGGAACUCAAGUGUGGCAAAAACCUGGGACCCUUACCAAUUUUAGUGAACAAUUUCUCAUAGGUGCUACAUACUGCCAUGUGUAUGUGGAGUUUCAGUGAUUACUCAUUCUCUGUCCCAAACAUGUCUCUUGUCCUCUUGUAUAAAGCAGGUGGACAUUCAGUGGGAUCUGCCAUUGUUUUCAAAAAGUCCAUUUUAAUGUAUAUCUAACCCCAUCUCCCCAUGUCUAAACACCAUUCUUCAUUCAGGUGUUGUGGCAGCAGGAUAUUUUUAACACAUUAUUAUUAUUAUUUUAUAUACUUAUUUAGGUAACACUUUACAAUAAGGUGUCAUUUGUUAACAUUAGUUCAUGUAUUAACUAACAUUAACAAACAAAGGACAAUGCAUUUAUUACACUAUUUAUUAAUAUUUGUUAAUGUUAGUUAAUGAAAAUACAGUUGUUCAUUGUUUAUUCAUGUUAGUUCACAGUGCAUUAACUAAUGUUAACAAACACAACUUGUGAUUUUAAUAAUGCAUUAGUAAAUACUGAAAUGAACAUUAACUAAGAUUAAUAAAUGCUGUAGAAGUAUUGUUCAUUCUUAGUUCAUGUUUACUAAUGUUGUUAACUAAUGUUAACUAAUGAACCUUAUUGUAAAGUGCUACCCUUAUUUAUUUAGUUGUGAUCCGUUGACCAGUUUACCUCCUUGUGAUUUUAAACCCACAAACAUAGACCAUAUCCUGUUGAUGCUUUAUAACUGUAGUGCUGCUCUAAAUAGCUCACUGCAUUACAAAAUUAUAAAAGUAAACUCUACUAUGAGGUUCCUAAUCUACUGGUAUGCUGAUACAGAAAUAUGAUAAAUAAAUGACAGUAGUCUAUGAAACUGAUGCGUCAGAGAGAUUCUUUCUGGUUCUUUGUGUCUGUGUCCUGAUAACUUCAUGUUGCUUUCUGUGUUUGAAAUAGAAUCAUUGUUUUGUCACUAUAUUCUGACUCUUAUUUUGUACAAACAAUAUAUUGAAAAUAUUGUAUUAUAGUUUUUAAGAAAUUACAAGAUGUAUAUCGAUAUCAGUGCUUAUUUCUUUUUUAAGAGAAUGUUUUCAUCAUUUGUUGAA